AUAAGUUAUUAGCAUCACUUGGAUCAAACGAAAGCGUCCUCACACACUACCCACUCAGCAACUCACAGCCAUGGGGCAGGCUAGUAGGGCUCAUCAGCUCCUAGCCUCCCUGGCGGCUAUCUACGUCACCCUAGCCAUCAGUAUCACCCAGCACCAUGUCGCCGGCAACAUGACCGACGACCUCGAGAUAAUGUGGGGCAACGCGAAGGUCGUCACCGACGGCAGCGGCCAGCAGGCCAUCGCGCUGGCUCUUGACCGCUCGACGAGCUCCGCGUUCCGCUCCAAGAAGACGUGCCAGUUCUGCAGGGUUGACAUCGAGAUCAAGCUCGUCCCUGGGAACUCGGCCGGCACCGUUACCACGUUCUAUAUGAUAACCGAGAACCCGUGGCAGUUCCACGACGAGAUCGACAUCGAGUUCCUGGGCAACAGCAGUGGCCAACCCUACACCAUGCACACCAACAUGUACGCCAGAGGACAGGGCGCCAGAGAGAAGCAGUACAAGUUCGACUUCGACCCCACUCAGGAUUACCACAAGUACACCAUCAUCUGGAACAAAGAUUGGAUCUUGUUCCUUGUGGACGACAAGCUGUACCGGCAGAUCAAGAACAACCAGAUAGACGGCGCCCCGUACCCGUACUACUACCCGAUGAGGGUGUACGCCACCAUCUGGAACGCCGACGAGUGGGCUACGCAGGGCGGCCGGGUCAAGACCGACUGGUCGCAGGCGCCCUUCACGGCGUACUUCCGGAACUACAGGGCCAUCUCGUGCAACUCGUUCAUGGCCUCCCCUCUGUGCCUCCCAGGCUCCGGCUGGUUCGACCAGCAGCUGGACGAGUCGCGGAAGCAGCAGCUGGCGCAGGUGGACUCCAGUAACAAGAUAUACGAUUACUGCACCGACUCCAGGAGGUACAAGAACGGCCUCCCGAGGGAGUGCCAGGUACAUUAAUUAGCUGCGAAGUGUGUGCUUCAGCAACUGAAGAACGAUCGAGAGGAUGUUAGAGUUGUGUUGGGGGUGAUUAUUGAGUGAUUCGGCAACAUUCUUUUAAUUAUAUAAGGAAUUUUCUACGGUACCCUUAAGAGAAUGUGAACCGUUUUUACAGGAAACAAGACUGCAAAUGAAAAUAUAUUUUACAGUCAAGUAGA